AAGCAUGCGUAUCGAGCCGUUGGCGAAUGGGGAAGAGAAGAAGUCUAAACUCCUUUUCGGAGAUUCAUAUCGAAGAAGGGUGUUCUUCAACUACGAGAAACGCAUCAGGAUGCAGAGUCCUCCUGAAAAGAUUUUUGAGUACUUUGCAUCUUUUAAAAGCCCGGAUGGUGAGAUUUUCAUGUCACCAGCAGAUUUGAUGAGGGCGGUUGUCCCUGUUUUCCCUCCGUCUGAAUCUGAUAGGGUUAGAGAAGGAUUUCUCAGAGGAGAACACCCUCCUGGCGAGCUUCACUGUGCUCCCUCUGACUUCUUUAUGCUUUUUGAUACCGACAAUGAUGGGCUCAUAUCUUUUCCUGAGUACAUCUUUUUUGUCACAUUGUUAAGCAUUCCUGAAUCGAGCUUCAGUGUGGCUUUCAAAAUGUUUGACCUUGAUCAUAAUGGAGAGAUAGAGAUGGAGGAGUUUAGAAAAGUGAUGGCAUUGAUGCGAUCCUAUAAUAGACAAGGAGCUGGUCACAGUGAAGGCCGACGUGGUGGUCAUAAAGUAGGGAAAUCUGUGGAAAAUGGUGGUCUGCUUCGCUAUUUCUUUGGUGAUGAUGGAAAUGGUCGCCUUAAUCAUGAUAAGUUUGUCCAAUUUUUGAGGGAUUUGCAUGAUGAGAUUGUGCACUUGGAAUUUUCCCAUUAUGAUUUCAAGUCAAGAGGAACAAUUUCUGCUAAGGAUUUUGCACUAUCUAUGGUCGCUUCAGCUGACAUUAACCAUAUAAACAAGUUAUUGGAGAGAGUAGACGAAUUGGAUGACCAUCCAGAUCUUAGGAAUGCACGUGUUACCUUGGAGGAGUUCAAGACAUUUGCAGAGUUACGAAAAAGUCUUCGACCACUGACUUUGGCUAUCUUCACUUAUGGAAAAGUAAAUGGUUCGUUGACGAAACAAGAUUUCCAACGAGCUGCAUCACAUGUUUGUGGUAUUUCUGUUACUGAUAACGUAGUUGAUGUUAUAUUCCACGUAUUUGACGCAAAUCGUGACGGAAGUUUAAGCUCAGAUGAGUUUCUCAAAGCAUUGGAAAGAUGGGAAAGUGAUUUUCGUGAGCCAACUGAGACAGUGAAUAAAAAGCAUACACACAACAUUUCACACAAAAGCCAGCACGAGAUUCAGCUUGCGGUGAACGUUUCAUCUUUCUUAUAAGGUUUGCGUGCUUCGAUCCAGAAUACCAUUCAUUAUUCAUUCUGUAAGAGGACCCGCUGCGUUUGUUACGGUGUUGUUGUGAGCUGUGUAUUUUUAACAAAGUGUUAACAGCAAAUCAAUCUUAUUGAAAUAUUUGGGGGUAUAUAAGCGUUUGUGACUGUUAUUUGUAAGCCCCGGAUGACCUUGAACAAUUAAAGUUGGUGAUGUUAGCUUGGUU